GGCGCGUUUACGCUCUUGAGUCACUCCAGCGCUGCCGACUGUCGGGAUGUGACCCCGGAACAGGACGCCUCCUUACACACAACACAGCUCUCAAAUACAACAAAAACGACAGAAUCCUGGACCAGGAGAGCGGUGCGUCAGGAGCAGGGGGGAUGAACCGAGAGGAAGCCCCUGGCAAGUCUCCUGAGGAGAUGUACAUCCAGCAGAAGGUGCGGGUGCUGCUCAUGCUCAAGAAGAUGGGAUCAAAUCUGACACCAAACGAGGAAGCAUUUCUGCGGAAUUAUGCAGGCGUGGUGCACAGUCAGAUGAGUCAGCUGCCACAGCACCCUAUUGACCAGGGAGCUGAGGAUGUGGUAAUGGCCUUCUCAAGAUCGGAGACUGAGGACAGGAGACAGUGACCUCUCGCCAGGCCGAGUCACUACAGCUCAACACAACACAACACUGUUGACUGAUGGAGAGGGCGGAGCCUGAGACAGGAGAGGGGCGGAGCUCUGCUGCACGCCAGCCGCUCCACUUCCCUUCUCUUCCCCAUUCCCCUCUUCAUCCUCACACUAACUGUUACACUAUCUGGCCCAGCGGCCGCACUACCUGGUGACGUACAGCAAACCAAUCAGAAAGAGGCCUGGAGGGUAAUUAUUUGUAUUAGGUGUUUUAAGUUUAAAUUUUUCCUAAUUCAUCUUGUGGCGUUUUUAUAUUUGUUCCCAAUGAGAGACUUAAUGGACCAAGAGCUUCAUUUGUCUGGUCAAACUACGAAAGAAUAUAAAUCGCCUUAUGGGUUGUGUUAUAAUUGCAAACCAUUUUCUUUAUGUAUGUAGCUCCUUGUUUUUAUCGUCCACAGGAUCCUGCAGGUCGUCUUUUUUUUUUGUUUGUUAUGAUUUUCAGGGUUUUCUUUUUGUUGUAGUAGUCAUUCGCUUUGUAAUUUCGUCAAAAUGUUGUCGUGGAGGAUAUCAAAGUUUUCCAAGCAGAUAAGGCCCGUACACAAGCACACACACACACACACACACACACACACACACACACACACACACACACACACACACACACACACACUCAGAAUGACAUACACCAAUAUUUCAUGAUCUCUCUCUCUCUUUUUUUGAUGUUUGGAUUAAUGUGAAAUUUCAUAGCCUCCUUUUGUACAGAACAUGAAAAGAAAAAAGUAGAAAAGUCAACAAGUUGUGCCAACUGUGUUUUUAUGUAAAAUAUUUCUAAAGGUAUCUAAUGAAUGUUUUAGGUCCUUAUUUAUUUUUUCAACAUCUUAAAAUGUAGACCAACACAACCCCCUUUUAAACUUCUGAUUCUUAACCGCAUGUUUUAAUACAGACGUCUUUCGAAAUUUUUGCAAGAUGUGCCAUACUCUGAUACGAGUAUUUGUCACUGUAUAUCUGAUUCAGUGGUGCUAGCGAAACUCGUUUUUAGCUAUUCUAACUAAAGUUAAAUAUGAAUAUAACCCUUGGGUUCUAAAUGUCCUGCGAUUUUUAACUUAAUCAUCGAAAACCAAACCUUUUUAUUUUAACUAUCAACAGUUGAAUUUUUUGUUUUGGCCUCUGACCUUUUUAGUAUCACGAUUUCAUGUUCAGUAUUUAAUGCGUAUUCAUGUUUUGUUAACUUGCGUAACAUAAUUAUUGUAUCUUAGUGUUUUGAAAUGACGCAUGCCUGCAUUGUGGUCUACGGUAUAUGUUCAAGUAAUGGUCACAAGAGCCUUGCUUCAUUAAACAUCAAUCUACACUUCUUUUUAAUCUGUCCUUUUAUGAAAACGGCUUUUAUAGUUCUCUCUAAUAUCAGCAAUAAGUAUUUGACUGAAUGUCAUCAGCCGUCAAGGUUUCUUGUCCAUGUGACCGUCGGAUUAUCUCACCCCUUACAGGAACGUUAACUGUAAAUCCUUAUUUUGUCUAUGCAUUGUUUUUAUUUCGCAUACAAUCGUGUCUUACAUGCACUCAUUUCAAGUUGAGUUUGUGGCCUUUCAGCUUCACAUUCAAACGAAUGUCGCUCUUGUUUAAUUCAUCGACUUCACUGCAUGUCGUCCCUACUCGCUUGAGCUGUUAAACUAUUUAAUGUGAAUUGCUUUUUUUAUAUUGUUUUAAAAUUCAAUUGAAUGGUUGUUUUAUGACGUACGGCCGUCGACCUCGUCCUUUGACUUAAUGCGUCCAAAAUCUAUACCAACUGAACCAUUAAAGGAGUUGAAAACUG